CGCUCGCUCCCGUGCGGACCCGCUAACCCGCGCUCCCACCACGCGCCAAAUGGCGCCCAAACUGGGACCUCGCUCACGCGGGUGAUCUGUGGUGGGCGGACGGCCGCGUCGAAAACACACAUGCUGACGAUAUGGAUACAGUAUGGCCGCGGCAUAUUGGCUCAACUCGCUCGGAUGCCUGUCGCUGUCACUGCUAUGUCUCUUCGCCACUACUCUACAAGUCACAAGCGUGCUCGCGGGAGAGACCACGGAGCUCUCGAGCCGCGCGUCGCUCGCUGAGCCCUCGCCUACUAAACUUCCAAAGUGCGACCGCACAUUCGUGAGCCGAGGCGGCGCGAGCAACGGAACGUUCCACGCGCCCGAGCUGAUCAAUCCGAACAACCACAGCCGCCAGUGCCUGUACACGUUCCUGGCUGCACCGGGGCAGCGGGUGCUCGUCGAGUUCCGCACCUUCGACCUUCGGGGAAAGCCGCCAGAUGGAGCCGCUGUGGGCGAGUUACCAGCAUGCAUGCACGAGUCAAUGGACAUCUACUCGGAGAUGGCGUCGCUGGAGGCGGGCGAGCUGGUCAACUCGGCGUUCGGCGGGCGGUACUGCGGGCCCAUCCCGCCGCGGCGCCGCGUCUCGCUGCAUCGCGCUGUCGCACUCUCCUUCUACACAGACAAAAUGUACACGCCGCCUACGCUCUUCACAGGAACCUACCAGUUCAUCAACGCAACGGAAUUCGAAGUGGGCACCCCAGUUCCCAACACACUGUGCUCGUUCGUGAUAGAAGCGAGCAAGCGCAAGACGGGUCUGCUGCUGUCUCCGACGUACCCGGGCAUCUAUCCCAAAGACAUGACCUGCAACUAUCUGUUCAGCGGCCAGCCCGGCCAGAGGAUACGGCUCGAGUUCCGAGACUUCGAUCUGUUUUUCGGCGGACCUCACUGUCCGUUCGACUGGGUGCGCGUGUACGACGGGCCGGACAACUCGUCAGCCGUGAUCGGCACGUACUGCGGCCAGCAGAGGAACCUCGUGCUGUACUCCAGCGACGAGCGCCUACUGGUCACCUUCUACACGCUGCCGCGCGCCGCCAGCACGCAGAACCGAGGCUUUAAGGGUAUCUUCGAGUUUUCAGAGAGUUUUGUUAAGUUAGAUUUUAUAAGUAAACACGAUGCCGAGCACAUUAGGGGCUCAGAGUGCGACCAGAAGAUUCUUAGUAAAAAGGAAUCGACGGGUUUCGUGUACCAUCCAAAUUAUCCAUUCCCCUAUAUACAAAAAGUUGUUUGUAGAUAUUUUAUAUACGGUAUGCAAGAUUCACAAAAUUUGGAAAGGGUUCGAUUAGAGUUUCAAAACUUUUCUAUACCGAAGGGCGACAAUCCGAAACCGGAUUCAUGUCCCGACGGGUACCUGAAGGUAUACCUGCGGGGGCAGGAGGCGACAGACUCCUACGACAAACAUGAUGCGGAGCUAUGCGGGGAGGGGGCCAGUGGCAAUCCCCCAUUCCCCCCGCCACUCCUGUCCGACGGACCCCGCCUUGUGAUGGUCUUCAGCUCAGGGGAACUACAGGGCAGGGGGUUCAAAGCCAAGUAUACUUUCGAGACUGAAUAUCGAGUACCAGGCACGGCGGCGCCGGGCGGCGAGUGUGCGUUCACGUAUCGGAGUGAGGCAAAGAAACGCGGCGAGUUCAACUCCCCCCGCUACCCCUCCAACUACCCCUCGCACACCAACUGCACUUACACGCUGGCUGCCACCCCUAGCGAGCAAGUCACCGUGGUGUUCGACCACUUCAAAGUGAGGGCUGAUGCCUGGAAUGCUACUGCGGGCGUCUACAGUGGCGCCACAUGCAGUGAAGACUGGGUGGAAGCGUGGUGGGUUGGUCGCGAAGGUACACGGGUACCAUUAGGGCGCUGGUGUGGGCUGGCCACACCAGGGCCCAUGCACUCACCCCGCGGCGCCACUGGGCUGGUCAUUGCGCUGCACACUGAUGCUGAAGCCGUCGCCUCUGGAUUUAAAGCCAGAUAUAUAUUUGAGCCAGCGAAGUCGAUAUUCGGCGACUGCGGCGGCAACAUGUCUGGCGCGGAGUGGGGCGUCAUCACGUCCCCGAACUUCCCGCAGAACUACGAGCAGCCCAAGAACGGCCCCGCCUCCAGGGUCUGCAACUGGUUCGUCACGGCGCGCCCCGGGAAGAGACUCUUGCUCAAUUUUGAAUAUUUCGCUGUCGAAGGACAUCUUACUGAGCGCGGAUGUCCAGCGGCAGUUCUCAGGCUGUGGUACGAGAGCCCGGGCCCGCCGCUCGAGCUGUGCGGAGAGAAGGCGCCUGCCGACCGCUGGCAGUACCUCUCCUCAUCCAACUCGAUACGGCUGUCGUUCAUAAUAGCGGAUAAGGCGGUGGGCGCGAUGGGGUGGCGCGCCGUGUGGACGGAGGUGACGGUGCCCGAGGCCGGCGCCUGCGCGGGCGGCGCGCUGGACUGCGGCGGCGCCUGCCUGCCGCCCGCCGCGCCCUGCUCGGGCCUGCAGCACUGCGCGCUCAUGCCCGACACCAAGCCCACGCACUGCGGCGAGAGCGCAGUGACAGGCGGUUCCGGGAACUUGGGGUGGUGGUGGGCCGUAUGCGGCGGCGGCGGCGGUGCGGUGGCCCUGGGCGCGUGGUGGGCCCGACGCGCGCGCAGGGCCCGGGCCGCGCGGGUCCGCAGGCCGCCGCCUCCGCCGCGCCCGCCGCCGCUGGCGCGCCGGGCCCCCGCCGCGCGCCUGGCCGCGCCGCCCGCGCCUCCCGACACCGUAUGACGACGCGCCCACGCCGCAACGGCGACACACGCACCACUAAAUAGUUGAUUACACGACUUUAACGUA